UCAUAGAAGGCGUCUGUGUGGUUCGUGGUCUAAAAGUUGGUUUUGUUGUUUACGGUGAAAGUGGUGUUCUACCAUCUAAUUUUUUAAUCCAGAAAAUUUACGUUGUUAAAAUUAAAACUAAGUGCUCUGUAAUUGGUUGUGCAAUAAUUAAUUAAAAUGGCUCUAAAGACCCAAGUCGGUCAGAAAAUUAUGAACGAAGUUAUCAAGUACAAGCCACCUAAAAAGAAUGGUCCGGCACAUGCCGUAGAAUGGAGAAUUUUGGUGGUGGAUCAGUUGGCCAUGAGGAUGGUCUCUGCCUGUUGCAAAAUGCAUGAUAUAUCAGCGGAGGGUAUUACACUGGUUGAAGAUAUUAACAAGAGAAGAGAACCUCUAACCACAAUGGAAGCUGUUUACCUGAUUACACCAUCGGAAAAGUCGGUACAUGCUCUCAUGAACGAUUUUGAAACUCCCAAAUGCAUGUACAAAGCAGCACAUGUUUUCUUCACAGAAGUCUGUCCUGAGGAACUCUUCAAUGAGUUAUGCAAGUCAUGUGCGGCAAGAAAAAUUAAAACUUUGAAGGAGAUCAACAUCGCUUUCUUGCCAUACGAGUCACAGGUAUUCUCCUUAGAUUCGCCCGAUACAUUCCAAUGCAGUUAUGACCCUACUUUCGCAGCUGCUAGGAAUGCCAAUAUGGAGAGAAUGGCGGAACAGAUAGCUACUCUCUGUGCAACGUUAGGAGAAUACCCGUCUGUUCGAUACAGAAGUGAUUGGGAUCGAAAUGUGGAACUCGCACAGUUAAUACAACAAAAAUUAGAUGCCUACAAAGCUGACGAACCUACAAUGGGUGAAGGCCCAGAAAAGGCUAGAUCCCAACUUUUGAUCCUUGACCGUGGUUUUGACUGUGUCUCUCCUUUACUUCAUGAACUCACCUUUCAAGCUAUGGCCUACGAUUUACUUCCUAUAGAGAAUGAUGUAUAUAAGUAUGAGGCUUCAGCAGGAGUGCCCAAGGACGUGUUGCUAGAUGAAAACGAUGAGCUUUGGGUGGAGCUGCGCCACCAACACAUUGCUGUGGUGUCCCAAAGUGUAACGAAGAAUUUGAAGAAAUUCACUGAUUCCAAGAGGAUGACACAGAGCGAUAAACAGUCCAUGAAAGAUUUAUCUACAAUGAUCAAAAAAAUGCCUCAGUACCAAAAGGAAUUAUCAAAAUAUGCCACUCAUUUACAUUUGGCUGAAGAUUGCAUGAAAGCUUAUCAGGGUUACAUCGAUAAGCUCUGCAAAGUGGAACAGGAUUUGGCGAUGGGAACAGACGCAGAGGGCGAGAAAAUCAAAGACCACAUGCGUAAUAUAGUGCCCAUUCUCCUCGACCCUAAAAUCACGAACGAGUACGAUAAGAUGCGAAUCAUUGCUUUAUACGCCAUGACGAAGAACGGAAUUACAGAAGAGAAUCUUUCAAAAUUAGCCACUCACGCGCAAAUCAAAGAAAAACAAACAAUCGCUAACCUACAACUGCUCGGUGUCAAUGUAAUAAACGACGGCGGAACUAGGAAGAAGACAUAUAUCGUUCCCCGCAAGGAAAGGAUUACCGAACAGACAUAUCAGAUGUCCAGGUGGACACCUGUCAUUAAGGAUAUCAUGGAGGAUUGCAUUGAGGAAAAACUGGAUCAGAAGCACUUCCCAUUUUUGGCGAGCAGAGCCCAGACUAGUGCCUAUCACGCCCCAACAAGUGCUCGUUACGGGCACUGGCACAAGGACAAAGGGGCGCAGACUGUCAAAAAUGUGCCUCGUCUCAUCGUGUUUAUAGUGGGGGGCAUGUGCUUCUCGGAGGUAAGAUGUGCUUACGAGGUUACAAAUGCCCAGAAGAACUGGGAGGUCAUCAUCGGGUCGUCACACAUUAUUACCCCAGAGGGAUUCCUCAGUGAUUUGGCCACUCUUGCCGGCUAGAAUUCAGCUAAAAAGGUUACUUUCAACAUACCAGAUAAUUGAUGCUUUUGUCUCGUGAUCGAUGGAUUCCAGUUAUUUGGGUUUGUCGAAUUUUAUCGAUAACAUUGUUUGCAGUCAUCUCAUUUCUUUCUCUAAUCUUGAAUAGUAAAUGGAGUAAUACUUAAAGAUUGUUAGAUAACGGCAAUGUAUCGAUAAUACUCGAUACGUUCCUGCUUUUUCUAAUUUGUGUACUCUCACAAAAGGCUUCAAUGCACAAGCUACAACUGAGCAAAUGAAAUAUAUUAAAAUCGUCUUCCCUUGUAACACUUUCAGAUAGUGGUGAAAAAUAUAUUGGAACGUUUAGGCUGUGAUGAGAGUCACGGAAGUAGCGUCUUUUCCUUAAAUAUAAAUAUAGCUCACUUUUUGCUCUUUUGUAGCAGAGGUAUAUUGAAGUAACACAUUAAAGUUAUUCUAGUCUAACGUGGCACACAACUUUUGAUAAAGUAGUUCUAUUACAUUACUACUUUAGCAUUUUUAAAUUUUUAAUUAUGAAUUUUGCGUUUCAGGACGUAAAGUCAUAUUAAUGUUAGUUUAGGGAUCACAAAAAAUGGUGAAGUCGAAUUUUUGUAUUAUUCCUGUGUAUUAUUCUACGAUGGCUUAAAUAUUGCUAUUAUUAAAAUUUUAUACUUAUGUUUAUUUAUUCGUAUAUUUUAAAUA